AUGGCUAGGGCAAAAGGAGGUGGAAGGAGCAGCUACAGGCGACAGGGAAUGGCAGGGCGCAGCAUCGUCAAGGAUAAAGGGCCUAGAAUGGCGGGCAGAGCCAUUGUACAGCGAACAACGGGAACAUCCAGUGGUCGAACAGUUGCCCCUUCUCUUCCAGGAUUUGGUUCUGGCUCCUUGCUCGUUGCUGUCCCAUUCGUUCUUACAAAUGCAUACUUUCAAUUGCAUAUUCAAUGGGAUGUCUUCGUUCUCAGCUUCUUGCAGAUUCACCUUCAUGAUGUGUUUGUAUUCACUCAGGAGCUUCCAUUUGUGCGCUACCGUGCUGCCAAAUGUCUGGAUGCUUCCACAGAGACCCCCUUUCGUGAUUUAGUUUCAACAAAGCUUGCUGCUGGUGUUUGGAACUGUCUUACUAAAUACAAAACCUCUGUUCCUAAUUUUCCUCAGGCAGAAACAUGCGAGUUGCUUAUUCUUGACAGAUCUGUGGAUCAGAUUGCACCUAUUAUACAUGAAUGGACGUAUGAUGCCAUGUGCCAUGAUUUAUUAAAUAUGGACGGAAAUAAAUAUGUGCAUGAGGUUCCAAGCAAAACUGGUGGUUCUCCUGAGAAAAAGGAGGUCCUUUUGGAGGAUCAUGAUCCCAUUUGGCUUGAGCUUCGCCAUGCACAUAUAGCAGAUGCUAGUGAGCGGUUACAUGAGAAGAUGACCAACUUCAUUUCAAAGAAUAAAGCUGCACAAAUCAGUCAUGGUUCAAGAGAUGGUAGUGAACUAUCUACACGAGAUUUGCAAAAAAUGGUUCAAGCUUUGCCACAAUAUAGUGAACAAAUUGAAAAGCUUUCUCUCCAUGUAGAGAUUGCUGGAAAAAUUAAUAGAAUUAUCAGGGAACAAGGGCUUCGGGAACUUGGGCAAUUAGAGCAGGAGCUAGUCUUUGGAGAAGCAGGGACAAAGGAAGUAAUCAAUUUUCUGAGGACAAAGCAGGAUACAAGCCCUGAAAAUAAGUUGCGUUUAUUGAUGAUUUAUGCAGCACUUAAUCCUGACAAGUUUGAGAGUGACAAAGGUUCAAAAUUAAUGCAGUUAGCAAGAUUAUCAUCUGAUGACAUGAAUGUCGUAAACAACAUGAGAUUGCUUGAGGGAUUGACUGAUUCAAAACAAAAGUCAACAGGCCAUUUCUCUCUAAAGUUUGAUAUUCAUAAGAAGAGCCAUGCAGCUAGAAAAGAACGAACAGGUGAGGAGGAACAACAAUGGGCACUAUCACGCUUUUACCCCAUGAUGGAGGAGCUGAUUGAAAAACUGAGCAAAGGUGAACUGCCAAAGAAUGAAUAUCCAUGUAUGAAUGACCCGAGUCCAACAGUACAUGCAAGCACACAGGGUGGAUCAUCAGGACGGUCAAGCCAAGUUUCAGGUGCUCAUUCAAUGAGAUCAAGGCGCACUGCCACAUGGGCUCGGCCACGUAGUUCUGACGAUGGCUAUUCAAGCGACUCAGUACUGAGGCAUGCAUCUAGUGAUUUCAAGAAGUUGGGCCAGCGCAUCUUUGUUUUUAUCAUUGGUGGAGCCACUCGAUCGGAGCUGCGUGUUUGUCACAAGCUGACAGGAAAGCUUGGGAGGGAAAUCGUCCUGGGUUCUUCUAGUCUUGAUGAUCCUCCAGCAUUUAUCACGAAACUGAAGAUGCUGACAGCACAGGAACUUUCAAUUGACGAUCUUCGGAUUUAAAAGAGUGAAUGCCUUGAGAUGCUUGUGCUUCUCAAUGGAAGCAGGCUGGCUUUCACAAUUGUAAGCAUAGGAAGAUAUUCCUUACACCUUUAUUUUUUCCUGCUAUUUUUACUCCCUUUGACCUUCAACGUGGAAUUCUUACUAAGCUGGUCAAGAGCUUUGUUGGAAACAUUUGGUAGUAGAAAAUUGGAGUUCAAGUCCUGCUUCUCUAGUACCCUUCUGAACAAAUCUGAACAAAUCCUUUCCACAGCCAUGUAUUCUGGUAAUGUAAUUGAUAGCUGAAAUCCCUCACAAUUCAUUUAGUACAUAAUCUCAGGAUAUGUCAAAA